AUGAAAUGGAUAAAAACAUUAAAAAAUAUAACAGAAAAUGGUGGUAGUACAGUUAUUUUGGAAUGUCAAGUUCAAUCAUCCUAUCCAAUAUCAUUUAAUUGGUAUAGAUAUAAUAAUCCGCUUGAUAAGAGUCGUUUUAUAACUGAUCAAAGUACAUUCCGAUCAAGGUAAUUUCAAAAUAGAUAAGUGUAA